AUGGCGCUCCAUGAUGUUAAUAGUUUUUCCCUGUUGUUUAUUCUUCUUCCUGCGUUAACCUUGUUUUUAGUCUCCAAUCAGUCUCAUGCCGUAACAACUUCACCUUCUUCACCCAAAGGAAUCGUCCUUCAGGUGACCAAAGACCCGGCAACCCUCCAAUACACCACCUUAGUUCAACAAAGAACUCCCCUCGUCCCAAUUAAACUCACAGUUGACCUCGGCGAAGGAUCACUUUGGGUUAGCUGCGAAGAUGGCUACAAAAGCUCCACUUUCAAGAACGUGCGCUGCCGCUCCGCCCACUGCGCGCUCGCGAGAAGCAUUGGCUGCGGAAACCGUUGCGCUUACUCGUCGAAUCAUCUCCCCAACUGCACCAAGAACGCGUGCUUGACGCUCGCCAUCAAUCCCUUCAGCGGAAAUCUCAACGCCGAUGGCGAGGCCGUAGAAGAUGUUCUCCUUCUUCAAUCCACAUCCGGCCAGGUUGUUUCCGCCCCGCAUUUCGUGUUCAAUUGUGUUCCGUCUCAUUUCACCUUUGGCCUAGCAUCUGGAGUGAAGGGCGUAGCCGGAUUGGGAUCUACCUUGGCCGCUCUUCCAACUCAGCUGGCUCAAACUUUCAGCUUCCGGAGAAAGUUCUUAAUUUGUUUAAGUUCUUCCACCAGGGCUAACGCCGGGGUGGUGGUUUUCGGGGAUUCAGGCAGAUUCCCGACACAUAAAAAGAAUAAUAACACUAGUGAUCGCAUCUACAAAUCCCUGAUUUAUACUCCUCUUUUGAAGAACCCAAUGGGUAAAGAUUCCAAAGGAAGAGAAUCAUCAGAGUACUAUGUUGGGUUAACAUCCAUCAAAGUCAAUGGCAAUGAUGUGCCAUUCAACACCAAAUUGUUGUCCUUUGAUUAUGAAGGCGGAGGCGGAACCAAGAUCAGCACCGCUCAUCCUUACACCGUCUUGGAGAGAUCUAUUUACCAGGCCGUGCUUAUGGCUUUCAAUCACGAAAUCCCUCUAAAUGUGACCAGAUUAAACACACCAAUCGAACCUUUUGGGGCUUGCUUCCGAGGUAUUACUCCUAACUUAGUACCUCCCAUUGAUUUUGUGUUCCAAAACCAAAAAACAGUGUGGAGGAUUUCGGGGAACAACUUGAUGGCCCGAAUCGACAAAGAUGUCAUUUGCCUUGCUAUUGUGGAGCUUCCAAGUUUGAAAAGUGAUACUACUGAGUAUGAGUUUGAGCGGAAGUCGGCCGUAACGAUUGGGGCACAUCAGAUUGAGGAGCACUUGCUAGUGUUUGAUCUCCCUAAUUCAAUGGUUGGGUUUAGCCCUUCUCUCUUGUACCGCAAAACAACAUGUUCCAGCUUCAAAGUCUAG